UGGUGUAAGGAGAGAUGAAAUCUUGAAUUUAUAAAUGAAUGUUGAAUACGUGUUUAUGAUUUGCCAUAGCUUUCUCCUGUGUCUAUUGAUCUCCCUGUGCAGCUGGUCUUCACCACAGUGUAUCGGAGGCAUCAUUGUCGAACAUCACUAUGGUUUGGCUGAGAUUUUCAGCCAGAUGGAUGAUUUCACUUCACACCGGCAAGGCUGACUACGAAAUGGAGGAACAUAGUCUGCUGGAUCUGGGAUUGAAGGUUUAUAAUGGAUUAUGGGAUUAUACAUUGAAGAGCCAGCAGGCGGCAUGCCUGAGUGACUGAAGAAAAUGGGUGCUAAUGCAUCUAACUACCCUCAUUCGUGUUCCCCAAGGGUAGGGGGAAAUUCGCAGGCACAACAGACGUUCAUAGGAACAUCAUCCUACUCUCAUCAAGGUUAUGGCUGUGAAUCAAAACUGUAUAGCCUUGACCAUGGCCAUGAGAAACCUCAAGACAAGAAAAAGAAAAGCUCUGGCCUUGCCACCCUCAAAAAGAAAUUUAUUAAGCGUCGGAAAUCUAGCCGGUCUGCUGAUCAUGCCAAGCAGAUGCGAGAGCUCCUCUCAGGCUGGGAUGUUAGAGAUGUCAAUGCAUUAGUAGAAGAGUAUGAGGGAACUUCAGCCUUAAAGGAACUUUCUCUACAAGCGAGUUUGGCAAGACCAGAAGCCAGGACACUACAGAAAGACAUGGCUGAUUUGUAUGAGUACAAAUACUGUACUGAUGUAGACUUAAUAUUUCAAGAAACUUGCUUCCCUGUGCAUCGUGCGAUAUUAGCAGCAAGGUGUCCAUUUUUUAAGACACUGCUUUCUUCCUCACCAGAAUAUGGAGCAGAGAUAAUAAUGGAUAUCAACACAGCUGGCAUAGACAUGCCUAUGUUUUCUGCUUUGUUACACUACCUUUAUACAGGAGAGUUUGGAAUGGAGGAUUCGAGAUUCCAAAAUGUUGAUAUCCUUGUGCAGCUUAGUGAAGAAUUUGGAACACCAAAUCCCUUAGAUGUUGAUAUGCGUGGGCUGUUUGAUUAUAUGUGUUACUAUGAUGUGGUUCUUAGUUUUUCAUCCAACUCUGAACUGGUAGAAUCGUUUAGUGGAAGUCCAAACUGUUUAGAUGAAGAUCUCAGAGCUCACAAAGCUAUUAUUUCAUCACGGUCGCCAUUUUUUCGACACCUACUGCAAAGGAGGAUACAAACUGGUGAAGAAAUCACAGACCGAACGUUGCGGACUCCAACUAGAAUUAUACUGGAUGAAUCUAUCAUACCAAAAAAAUAUGCUAAGGUCAUUUUAAACUGUAUGUAUACAGAUGUGGUGGACCUCUCAGUUUUGCACUGCAGCCCCUCAGUGGGGAGUCUAAGCGAAGUUCAGGCUCUUGUAGCAGGAAAACUAAACAUGACUAGGGCUGAAGAAGCUAUGGAGCUUUAUCACAUAGCACUGUUUUUGGAGUUUAACAUGCUUGCACAAGGCUGUGAGGAUAUUAUUGCUGAGAGCAUCUCACUAGACACUUUAAUUGCCAUUCUCAAGUGGAGUUCUCAGCCAUAUGGCUCCAAGUGGGUACACCGCCAAGCAUUGCAUUUCCUCUGUGAGGAGUUUACCCAGGUCAUGACUUCAGAUGUCUUUUAUGAACUGAGCAAGGACCACCUGCUGACUGCUAUCCAGUCUGACUAUUUACAGGCAAGUGAACAAGAUAUUCUUAAAUAUCUUGUUAAAUGGGGAGAACAUCAGUUGAUGAAAAGAAUAGCAGACAGAGAGCCCAAUUUACUGAGUGGUACUGCCCACAGUGUGAACAAACGCGGUGUAAAGAGGCGAGAUCUUGACAUUGAGGAGCUGAGAGAGAUCCUAUCUUCUCUUUUACCUGUUGUCCGCACUGAGCACAUUUUACCUAUGAACAGUGAAAUACUGAGUGAUGCUAUGAAGAGAGGCCUCAUUAGCACCCCUCCUUCAGACAUGCUACCAACAGCAGAAGGUGGAAAGUCAAAUGCCUGGCUACGGCAAAAAAAUACUGGGAUAUAUGUUAGGCCACGACUGUUCUCACCAUAUGUAGAAGAGGCAAAGUCGGUGCUAGAUGAGAUGAUGGUGGAACAAACAGACCUAGUUCGUUUGCGGAUGGUUAGAAUGUCCAACGUGCCCGACACCCUCUACAUGGUAAACAACGCAGUGCCACAGUGCUGUCAUAUGAUUAGCCACCAGCAAAUCGGCAGUAAUCAGUCCAAUCCUCCUUCAGUUGUCGCCAAUGAAAUCCCAGUUCCCCAUCUCCUUGUUGUUAAAGAGAUGGUCAAACGGCUCCAGGAGCUCCGUCAUACUGAGCAGGUUCAAAGAGCAUAUGCUCUUAAUUGUGGAGAAGGAGCCACUGUCAGUUAUGAGAUUCAGAUUCGUGUAUUGCGAGAGUUUGGACUUUCUGAUGCUGCCGCUGAGCUUUUGCAGAAUCCUCACAAGUUCUUUCCUGACGAACGAUUUGGGGAUGAAAGCCCACUCUUAACUAUGAGACAGUCUGGACGAUGUCGAGUGAACAGCACUCCCACUGCAGAAACCAUGUUUACAGAACUUGACUCUUUUGUGGCCUUCCAUCCACCACUGCCCCCUCCGCCACCUCCUUACCAUCCACCAGCUACUCCUGUUCAUAGCCAGUUCAAAAUGGGCUGGAAACAAAGGGUGCCGAGUCAACAUCCCUCACGUUCCUUUUCUUAUCCAUGUAACCAUUCACUGUUCCACUCCAGGACAGCUCCUAAAGUUGCCCCACCUGUCUACUUACCUGGUGUCAAAGCAGCAGCACCCCCUGAUUGCACUAACACUACAGGACUGGGGAGACAAACAGUAGCUGCAGCAGCAGCAGUAAUGGCAGCUGAAAAGCAAGCAUGUACUCAGCCCAUGUUAAAUGAGUUGAUGCCAGAUAUUGCUAUGGGUGUGUCAACGAUGUCUCUAAAGGACAGAAGAUUGCCAGAGCUCACGGUUGACACACAAUUAAGCCAGCCAGUGACAGAGGUUGGACCUGGACCACCCCAGCAUAUUUCAUGUAUUCAGACUAGGCACAUGCACAGUUCUCGAAAGAAACAUGCAAUAGAACAAAAAAUAGAUACUCGAGAAAAUCAACAGGAGUAUCCAGAUUUCUAUGAUUUCUCUAAUGCUGCAUGCAGACCUUCCACUCCAGCACCUAGCAGACAUACUCCUUCACCUUCCCAAGGCAUGUAUUUUGGUCCAGAUUUGUAUAGCCACAAUAAGGCAUCACCAAGUGGCUUAAAGUCAGCCUAUCUACCUAACCAAUUAUCUCCUAAAAAGCAAGAGGAUUCUAGGAGAGAAUAUGUGCUUUCCCAAGAUGGGCAUCAGCACAGACAAAAGAAUGAGCCAAUACACCUCGAUGUCUUAGAACAACCUCCCCAGCGGUUGGACUUGGCAUUGGCUGCCCAGGAAAAUGCUGGUAAUGGCCCAAUUCACAUCAGGGGAAGAACAAAAAUGGAAACUGACUUAACAUAUGGGCUAACCUCUAACAGACCUUCGCUCUCUGCGUACAGCUCUGAGACACAAGACGAGCGAUCCAGCAGGAGGCUGACAGAUGAGGAGCCUCUGGAACACGAAGCACAGAGAAAUACCGAUUUGGAAAGGGAAGAUGCAGUAAGCAGAGGAAGGAGGUCUCCAAGCAAACCAGACUUUCUGUAUAAAAAAUCUGCCCUCUGAAAGCAACCUCCACUAUUUCUCUGGGCCUGAGAGUUGUGAAACACCCCAUCCUUUGCCACUUUGGGCCUGACUUUUGUCAGACAAAUUCAUUAAUGCCAGCAGAAAACUCAAUUUUGCUCACUUUUUUUGUAUAUACAUUGCUUUAUUAGAGACGGCACGCUAUCCGUUUAUUUUGAAUGCUGCUUCUGGGUUUAUUUUUGUGGUUUGAAGAUAUUAAGCCUUUACAAAAAAAAUAGCUGGCACUUUUUUUUACAAAUUGGUAGCCUUUUGCACCUGUACAUUUAUUUUACCUGUACUAGUUUUGUACUAAUGUUAAACUUUCUUGUUACAUUUAAAGGACUGUAUUUUCAUACUUCUGCAUUUUACCUUUCACCUACCAAUUCUCCAUGUGCAUUGGGUUGCACACUAUGAAAUGUAUUUUCUUAUGAGAUAGUAACAAUGUGUUUAUUUUUGAAUUAUAGGAAUUCCAAAGAACAGCACAUCAAAAUACUUUUUUAGUAACAUUGUUUGUUUAGGUCUGAAAUCUGCCUGAUCUAUCACUACUGCAAAUCCAGUCUAAUACCAUUCUGUUCAACAAGUCAUGGCAGCUGGUCUCCAUUCAUUCUGAUUCAACACGUCUACUCUAAAACAUAUGGCUGGGGCUUUCAAAAGAACCUAAAAAAGAUUUAGAUUUCCAGGUCCCAAUGAAAUUAAUUUGAAGUUGGGUGUCGCUGCAUUAGGCUCCUUUGAAAAUCCCAGCCUACAUUUUCUGGUCCAUUUGUGAUUUUGGAGAACUUCAUGGGCACUGAGAAGCAUUUAUCAGACUCAAAUGAUUGAUUUGUGAAGAAAACGUAGAAAUAUUGCAAAUUAAUGGUAACAUUACUGUGCUGGUCAGGAUACCCUUGAAUUGGGCUGUGUGAAGGUCACAGUUCAGAGAAUUCAUGCCAAAACCUAAAGCUCUAGGAAGAUCAGGCUUACUAUCUGAUGUUGUUGUCUAAAUUAUAACACUGUCAAAUGAGAGGGCUGCCUCUCUAGUGGAGGUACUGAGGUGACUGCUCAUUGCCUUCUUUUGUCCUGCCGAUGAGAAAAACAAAGGGCUUUAGUCUACCUGAUGUCAUUCAGUGUUCCUCAACAUUUUAAAUGUCUCUGAAUUUAUCAUUUCAGCCGUUCUCUUUUGUGAACUGAAGAGUAACUGUGUUAGCUUCAUUGGUUGCAGAUGGCUUAGCACUUUUUAAAAUUAUACCUCUAGCUCCUUGAGUAAAACAAUAAUUGUGGGGCAGGGGUGUCUGACUCUUCCACUAACGUAAAUACAAGGUAGAGAGCAGACACUGGUGGUUUGGGCACGUCCCUUGCCAUUGUGCUGAGGUUACACAGUAUAAGGAGUUUAGUGAUGGUCAUUGAAAAGUCAACACUUGCCAAUAGUUACCACACACUUAUUUCCCAUUCUGAAUGUUGUGAAGACUCUGGUAUAUGAUACCACAGUGUAGUAACUUCUGGUAAAUGCCUUUUUUGGGGUUGGUCACUAUAAUGAAAGAUCUUGCAGCAGUUGAAGACCUCAAUCAGUGUGAGCUAAAGACUGUUUUAACCUUAAAAAUGCUUAAUGCUAUUUAAAUGUAAAUCUUUCAGUUUCCUUUAGUAUAAGUCAGUUUUCCUGGUCUUGCCCAUCCCUUCCCCCCAAAAACAAAAACAACCUCCCCACCCUCUCAUUAAUGUAUACAAGGCUUAGGCGCCAUAAGACCUUAUUGUGCAACUGUGUACUGAAUUUUUAAACUAGACAGUGGUGUUUGGGUAAAUUCUGUUAUGGGUUUGUGAUCUAGUAAAUCAUAAUCCCUCCUGCAGCACUUUCAUACCACGUUAAGAUUCCUUUAAGUUACACUCGUGUUAGUCUAAUGAUAUUGGGUGGUGAAGGUUGACUAAAUCACAGUUGAUAAUUAGUCUUUUUAGCCUUAGGAGGCUUGGUUUGAAAUCUGGGUUGGGCAACAAGUACAAAAUGCAUGUGGUGAUUCCAACCUCCUCUGUAAUCUUUGUUGUGUUCAUAGAAUCGUAACACAGUGUGGAAAGUUGUCCUCACCUCCAGAAACGUUAGGAUAGGUUAACACGGGUGUCACACAGGCUAGGGACUGAGGUGCAUUGGCCUUGCUCUGUGAAGUUCAUCACAACAUUUUCUAACAUUAAUCCCUAGCCAUAUGUACUGCCCCCCUCCCA